AUGAUCCCCAAGGAACAGAAGGGGCCAGUGAUGGCUGCCAUGGGAGACCAAGCUACACCAGUCCCUUUGCUGGACCUGGGUAAGAAGCUGAGUGUACCCCAGGACUUGAUGAUGGAGGAGCUGUCCCUGCGGAACAACAGAGGAUCCCUCCUCUUCCAGAAGAGGCAACGCCGUGUGCAGAAAUUCACCUUUGAGUUAGCAGACAGCCAGCGCGCGAUGGCAGCUGGAAGUGCCAAGAGGAAGGUGACUGGAACAGCGGAGCUGGGGACGGUUGCCAUCCGCCCCGAGGAGCAGAACUGCAGCUCUGAACUCCACACCUUCCCAACCUCACCUGGGGACCCCGAGGAUGCCCAACCUGCAACUACCCAGGUGGAGCGCGCCCACAGCCCCAGCGCCCUGGCGCCAGGCUAUGCCGAGCCACUCAAGAGCGUCCCGCCUGAGAAGUUCAACCACACGGUCAUCCCCAAGGGCUACCACUGCCCGUGGCAGGAGUUCGUCAGCUACCGGGACUACCAGAGCACUGGCCGAAGUCAUGUCGCCCGCCCUGCAGAGUAUCGAAAUUUCAACAAGACUCCAGUGCCCUUUGGAGGACCCCUGGUCGGGGAAACCAUGCUUAGGGCGGGCACCCCCUUCGUCCCGGAGCUCAUCAGUGGCUUGGAACUCCUCCGCCUCAGACCCAGCUUCAACAGAGUGGCCCAGGGCUGGGUCCGCAACCUCCCGGAGUCUGAGGAGCUGUAGCCCAGCCUGAAUCUUCAGUUCUCUACUCUCAGAGUUCUGGGAACGUCUGGAGUCAAGACUUGUUAAUGGCAUUUCAGUUUAAGAAAGGCCUUCACACACAAAACCUAUUGCAAAUGGCCUCAAAGAUCACAAAGUUUAGUCGUCCCCAAAUGUGUUUAGAAAGUUUUUCCUUUUACUGACAUGCAGAUGAUCUUUAGCUACUCAUGCCCUAAACAUUUACUGAGUACUUACUAUGUGCUAGACACUGUGACAGCUGCAGGGAGAGAAGCCCCGGCCUUGGCCUAGAGUAGGAAUGGACUGUAGGAAAUACAGAUUUAUAAAGGGGUACAUUAUCUUAAUUUUCUCUAAAGCAUGCUAAUUGACCCCUGAGGAAUAAAGUGCUGUGGGGCAGAGGAGGGGGUCUCUAACCCUGGAUGUGGGGUGGGAUUCCAAGCAGCUGCCCAGAGGAAGCUUUUUUGAGUGGGACCUUGGAGGGGAAGUAAGGGUCCAUCAAGGGACAAAAGUGUGAUGGGGGGGCAUUUCUGGUGAGGGGACCAGUGUCUGCUGAAAAGGCGUGGAACUGUCACAGAUGCAGAGUGUUUUGGGGAAGGGAGAGGGCUGUGUUAGAGGAGUCGGUGACUCCUUAGAGGGCCAGGUUGGGGUAGGCCAUACUAAGAAAAUGAGGGUUCUUAAGCGAGGGAGUGAGGGAUCUUGAUGGCUGCUAUGUGGGGCACAGAUUGGAGAGGAGUAAGGCAAGAAGCCAGGGCUUCGAGGAAUAAGGCCUGGACUAGGGGGGUGGCCAUGAGACGGUAAGAAGGGAACCCCUCUGGGCACCUUGCAGGACAAGUGCAAAGUGGGGCACUUAUAAAGACCUUUCCCACCUCCUCCUGCUCACCAUUCUGAGCAGGCUCCAAGGUAGAUAGAUCUUACCCUAGUCCUCAUCAGCAGUUUGGGACUUUACUCCAGCUCAUUAGGAAGAGGAGAGUAAGGAAUGCCUCUAAG